AUGAUCACUCCUUUUGUUGUUGCAAGUAGAGAGAAGAUUUUGAAAUGGUUGAAUCGUUUCAUGGAUAGGACGAUGACACUGCAGGAACUGCUGCAAGAGGUUCGUAACAUGCAGACACGAGUAAAAUUUUUGGUGGAUUCUGUUCGUUUUUACAACGAGUCGCAGCAAGACUAUUUAAUUCCAGUGCUGAAGACGCUUGAAUACCGCUUGGAAGUUCUCGAAGAGAAGAUUUUGCAGAGGAUUGCUGUGGGGGUGAAUGGGAUGAACUCUGAGGAGUUAGAUGCUGCACAGAGGAAAGAUAUGGAGCAAAAUCUUUACUAUCUAGUGGAGUCUCUGGACAUGAUCAAGUACACAAUCGCGUGA